AUGUUUCCCCAUGGACGAAGAGACCCUGAAGAAUUUGAAAGCACACCAAGGGACCCUGAAGAAUUUGAAAGCACACCAACAGAGGAGGAAGAACAUUCAGCAGUUUAUACCUUUGAUGAUGACUUUCAGCACCCCAGUGUUUCACAGAGGAGUGACAUUGAAGAACUGAGUUCCGCAUCUGAUUCACAUGGGAAGAAAAGUCCUAUAGAACUGUUUACAGAUGCAGGGGAAAAGGUAGAGGUUAUUCUUGGAAAAAUUGGAGUUGACAUUAACCGUGCUCUUACUGCUAAGAGACAAAGAAUGGAGACAUCUGCCCAACAAUCUUUUGAGGGAGUUGAGAUGAAAAUGAAAGACGUUUGGAACUCACAUGAAGAUGCACUGGCACAGCUUAAUGAAGAGUCUGCUCAGGCAUUUACAAAUCUGUUUGAACAAUGGGAUGAGGAUUUUAAGAAAUUUCGAGAACAACAUGAGAAGCUUGUGAAUGAUUUUAAGGAACAGGAGAAGGUUUUUCAACAAGCUAGAUUUAUUCAGAGCCAGAGACUGAGAACAAUUCAACAAGUACAUGAAGAAUUCUUAAAGAAUUUGGAAGACCUGGAGAUCAGGAAUGAUGCUCUUCUUACUGGGACACAAAGUGAACUUAAGGAGGAAAUUAAUAAGCUGCAGAGAAAAAUUAUGAGAGAAUCCGUUAUUCUCGUUGUAGUUGACAUUGCUCUCAAUGAAGCAUUUAGAACAACUCCUAAAAUUCUAUUUUUCUCUUAA